AUGGCGGACGAUCUCCGACGUCUUAUAAAGAAAGAACGAAUUCUAUGGAACCUGCUGGAAAGUUUGGACGAUUUUCUGGAAGAGUACGAAGCUGUUCAGGAUCAAGGUUCACUCCCACCACGAUUAGCCAAACUGGACGAGGCUUACAACACGUUUUGUGAAUUACGGGUUCAAAUUGGCACGCUCUAUGAAGAUAUUGAUUUGGAAAAUGAAGAUGCCGAUGACGAGGCACGUGCGAUCACGAAGGAAACCAGAAGAAAGGAAAAUGCGAAGGUGUUCAAGGAGUUCGUGAAUAGGUACUUUUCCUUAAAACAACAGCUGAUGUUAAAGAUGGAGUUCAUCCCUGCUCAACCCUCACAUAGAAUCGCCGUUUCCGACUCUGUUUUGCCUUCUCACACAAAGUACCCUGAAUUGACGCUGCCAACUUUCUCAGGAAAUCUUCCAGAUUGGAUAAAUUUCCGUGAUAAUUUCAGAUCCCUGAUACACGAUAACGCGCUGCUGAAUCCAAUGGACAAGUUCAAUUAUCUCCGUACGUCGUUGAGAGAUGAUGCACUUCUCCAGAUCAACCAAAUUCAGGUAUCAGCGAUCAAUUACAACCUUGCCUGGAGCGUCUUGGAAUCGAAGUACGAAAACCACAAGUUGAUAGCCCAGGAGCACAUGAAGGCGCUACUUGCAGCACCUGCUAUGCAGAUUGAAAGUUUUGAAGGAUUGAAUGCACUGUUAACGACUUUCAAAACUAACCUUCAGCAGUUAGAGAAAUUGGGCCAGAGGACGAGCGAUUGGAGCACGCUGCUGGCGUUCAUGUUAUCACAGAAGUUGGACACAAAAACGUACCGUCUCUGGGAAACUCAUCAUGCUUCUAAAGACGUGCCUUCCUUCGAAGCUAUGGUAGAGUUCCUAGAAAACCUGUGUUCGAUUCUCCAGUCAACGGCCAGUCGGAAUAUAUUUGAAAAUCAGUGGAAUUCGAGGGUACCCAUCAGCCACAGCAUGAUGUCAGUGUCGAGCCUUUGCCCUAUCUGCAGAAAAGGACCACACAUGGCAGAAUACUGCUCGAGUUUCAGUAAGAUGAGAGUGAUUGACCGUAGAGUUUUAGUCCGAAGGUUGGGACUCUGUUUCAAUUGCUUAGAAUCCGAUCAUUUUGUGGGAGAUUGUUCGCGUAGUUCCUGUUCGAAGUGUGGACAACGCCAUCACUAUCAUCUGCAUCCAUAUUCUCCGUACCAAAAUAGCCGGUCAAAUAUCCCAAGCUUCUCUCAAACCCCUCGAAGACCUCAACGCGCGAAUAGUCAAACAAGAAGUGAACUUUAUACGCAACACGAUCAGUCCCGGACGGAUAACUACCAACUUGAACCAAUUAACUCCCAAUCUACACAUCAGCCACCUCCCACAAACACGCCCACUGUUAGUCACCACACUACCACACUACUUAGUACACAACAGAACACUCAUACUGCUAUUCUAUCGACAGCCGUUGUCAUGCUGGCCGAUAGCAACGGAAACACUGUCUCAGUUCGUGCAUUAUUGGACAAUGGGUCCCAAAUCUGUUUAAUGACCGAGGAUUUAUCGAAAAAGCUGAACUUCGUACGUUUUCGAGAAAGUCUUCCCGUGAGAGGUGUUGGAGGUUGUACGAAUGUUUCGAAAGAGUCGGUCCUGGCUCGUGUUUUGUCUUGUACAUCCCAGUAUACUACCGCUGAGAGAAAAUUCUAUGUGCUACCUCAAAUCACGUUGGAUUUGUUCCAAAGUAGCAUCAAUGUCAGUACCUGGAAACUGCCGCCGUCUAUCAGUCUUGCAGAUCCUGAUUUCAACCAAUUGAGCCCUGUUGAUAUUGUGAUAGGAGUGUCUUAG